AUGGGCCGUCUCCAUCGCCUGUACAAAACCGACCGAGCCCGCGAUUUCGACCAUGAGACGGAUCGCUACGUGCGCAUGCAGCAAAUCUACGAUACCAUAGACCGCCAGAAAUUCCAAUGGGUUGUCGUCUUCGUCGCCGGCGUCGGCUUCUUUCUCGAUGGAUACACACUCUUUGCUAGCAAUAUCGCCCUUCCCAUGAUCACCUACGUCUACUGGCAGGACGACAUUAGUUCGCAUCGGUCCACCUUUAUCAACAUUGCCACCCUCGCCGGCACCCUGGUCGGUCAAGUUGCUUUUGGUUUCUUGGCUGAUAAAAAUGGCCGAAAGAAGAUGUACGGAGUCGAGUUGGUGCUGCUCAUCACCUCUACCCUGGGCGUGACCAUGGCCUCGACCGGCACCCAUGGCAGCAUGAGUAUCUUUGCCUGGCUGAUAUGGUGGCGCAUUGUAACUGGUAUUGGUGUUGGUGCCGACUACCCGCUGAGUGCUGUCAUUACUUCAGAAUUCGCUCCGACGAAACACCGCGCGCGCAUGUUGGCAACCGUCUUCUUCAUGCAGCCCCUGGGCCAAGUCGCCGGCAAUCUCGUUUCGCUAAUCGUCGUGGCCGUGACUAGAAGCAGCGGGAAUACCGACCCCAUUCGCGCAGUUGAUAUCAUGUGGCGAUGGGUGAUUGGUAUUGGAGUGGUGCCAGCCGUGGUGGCUUCCCUCUUUCGAUUUGCUAUUCCAGAAACACCUCGCUACUUGCUUGAUAUUGACAACGACCCGAUCAAAGCCGAGUUUGACGCCAGUGCCUUGUUUGGCGAACCCGCGAAUGACAUGGACCCCGAAUUUGACCGGCCGUGGGAUGGGGCAACCCUGCCUGCCUCGUCGAGCUUCUCGCAUGUAAGCAUAAGCGCUGGUGGGUCGGUGGACGGUUCGUCGUCUAUCGUCGGUGGAAGUAUCGCCACCAAUACCGAAUACACCUUGCACCCUCCCACCUUGCAGUCGCAUUGGCGACUAGCUUGGAACGACAUGGUCCACUACUUCUGGGCUGAGGGUAACUGGCGCACUUUACUGGGAACCUCGCUUGCCUGGCUGUUCCUCGACUUUGGCUUCUACGGGAUAGGACUAUCGAGCCCGCAGUUUCUGGCCAAGAUCUGGGGGUCGCUGCGCCUGCACGACUCGGCGCCGAUGUGGAUGACGGACGACGACCCAAAUGCCAAUGUCUUUGACAUGUUUUUUGAUACCUCUGUCCAUGCAAUGGUCAUCCUCAACACCGGCAGCGUCGUAGGCGGGCUGCUACUGAUCUUUAUUGUGCCCAAAUUUGACCGCGUCUCGCUACAGAAAUACGGAUUCAUGGUGCUGGCUGCUCUUUUUAUUGCCAUGGGCGUCAUGUUCAUCACGACGCAGAAAGAGGGACCUGUUGCAGUGGCGCUAUGCAUUAUUGGGCAGCUCCUAUUCAACCUUGGUCCGAAUGCCACUACUUAUAUGAUCCCCGCCGAAGUCUUCCCCACGCGAUACCGCGCAUUUUGUCACGGACUCAGCGCCGGCGCCGGCAAACUAGGCUCGAUCCUGGUGCAGUUGCUGUCCGCAUACUACAACAUUGGCAGCACAGGCACAAACAACCACCAAACGCAGCGGUAUGGAUGGAUUCUGGUCGUGUUUAGCGCAGCCAUGAUCAUCGGCGCCGCCGUCACCCACUUCUUCAUCCCGCCUACCCAGCGCCAGCCACGACGACAACAGCAGCAGCAGCAACGGCACUGCUCGUGCAGCGUGACCAGUUUCUGGAAUGGAGAGAAAGAGAAAACGCUGGAGACGUUGGCACUUGGGCGUUUGGGUGAGAGUAGUCGGUAUGCGGUGCGGAGGACGCGGUCGGUGCAUCGUGUGAAUGUGCGCGCAUUCAACGAGGAAAUUCGUCUCGCGGAACGCCGAGUUCAAUUCGAUGUGAAUGCGCUUGCAGAAGCCGUAUAUCGUUCCACCAAACGAUCUAUAUCUGACCUCGCAUCGAUCUCGAAACUCGCCGAAGGAGGGUUUAACCGCAUCCUGCAAGUCAGGUUCAAAGACGACUAUGCGGUAAUUGUCAGAAUCCCAUAUCACUCAACCGUUCCAAAAUGCCGCGCAAUCGCCAGUGAGGCGGCAACACUGGAUUGGCUGUAUUCUCAGGGUCUUCCAGUGCCACAGGUUCUCGGAUAUUCAUCUACGCACGCAAAUCCUGUUGGGACGGAAUAUCUUGGAGAAACUUGA